GGUUAGGAAAACUGUCAAAAUAAAACAGUUUUUGGUUGUGUCUUUUGUUUUGUUGAUGCUCUUUCUUUUAAAAUGUCUGUUCCAAAUUUAACAAAUAAUUUGAUGCAACAACAGAAUAUGGUGAUCAACCAAGUACCUCUCACUCACGCAAUUAUGACCAAUGUAAAUUCUAAUAGUAUUCCAGCAGUUGUAAAUUCUGUUGGUCAAAUGAACUCAAAUGAUCAUAGUGGAGAAAUCAGGGGAGGAAUAAAUAUGGUUGAAACCAUGGGAGGCAAUAAUGUAUUGAGAGCACCCAAUUUGGCAGCAUCUCAAAGUGUCCCAGUACAAAAUACCAAUAUGGUGUCAAAACAAGCUGCACAGAAUUCUUCAUCUAGUGAGCCCCUUCAAGUACUAACAAAACAACGCCUGCAGGAUCUAGUUCGAGAAACAGAUCAAACUUUGAACUUGGAAGAAGAGGUGGAAGAAAUCAUCUUGAGUUAUGUUGAUGAAUUUGUUGAUCGUUGUUUGAAUGGAGCUGCACUCAUUGCAAAAAAUCGGCAUACUAAUACAAUUGAUGUGAAGGAUGUCCAGCAAUUCCUAAACCGCAAUUACAACAUGUGGACACCUGGUUUUGGUACUGAUGAACUGAGGCCUUACAAAAGGAGUUCUACUACUGAGGCUCAUAAGCAGAGGAUUGCUCUGAUCAGAAGGACCCUUAAAAAGUUUUAAUGCACUAAUAGGUAGAAUUGUGUUCUAUAAUAAUCAAGAUGAUAUUUGUCUCCAUAUUUGUGGAUAUUCCCUUUUGAAAUAGAUUGGAUAAAAUGGAAGAACUGGUAGGUAGAUAAUUCAUGACAUGAACUAGGAAAAAUUAUCUUGAAAUAAAGUGAAUAUCUUUGUUUUAGAAUUAUAUUUUUUGUGGUGUCUAUUAUUCUUAUUAAAAAUCAUAUGGCCAUUAAUGCUGAAGAAUGAAGAUAUGUGUAUCACUAUAUCAAUUUUAUAAACUGUAUAGGCUGGGGACCAGUCAGCAAACUAUACUUUUUCUCUAGACUGCUGACCAUCCAGUGGAAUACAUUCUUUCUGUAUAAAAUCGGUUGGCAACCCGAAAUGAAAGUAUAGUAUGCCAACUGUCUUUUCUUUUCUGCUAAACAGUUAACCAUUAAGUGGAAUACAUUAAUUUCUGUAUACCAAAAAGGUUGAAGAUGAUUAGUAGCUUAGUGGUUAGACAUUGGUUUGUCAAUUCUGUGGUCCCCUGUUCAAAUUCCCAUAUGGAAUAGUUUUUUUUUAUCAGAUUUUUACUUCACCAAGGGGUUAGUUUGUUUGGGUUGAGUAUACAUCACUUUUCUUUUUAUAUACCUAUUAUUGUUUUCUAAUCUAGUUCUUCAUCCUCUAUUGUUAGUUGAUAAGAUGUUUUUGAUCAGAUUUUUGUUCCAACAAUAGGUUAGUGUGUUUGCAUAAGUAUAUCUCAUUUUUUUCAAGUUUUUUAUUCAAAUGAUGUUUCUUCUUUCCUCAAAUUUAUAAUUUCUGUCUACUGGUCGGCAUCCUUAACAAAGAGUAUAGUCUGUGGAACGUAGUAUGGAUUGCCGACAGAUGGUCAUUGGUCGACAGUCUGUACCUGUACUAAGAUGGCUACAAGGACCUUGUAGCCAUCUUAGUCUGUACACUUCCUUUUAUAAAGCCAUAUAAAACCAAUCACAACCAAUGAACUCAUCAUCAAUCAUUGUCGUUCUAGACACAGUAUAUCAAUCCUACAGGAGAAACGAUGAUAUAGAUACUGCGUGUUCUAGAUGACAACCUAGUUGGGUCACAGUAGGUAAGCUCUCUACUGUGGUUGGGUAGUUAUAGUAUCUAAGGUUAUAGUAGGCAAAGGCAAGAGCUAUAAUACCUCCUCACGUACUAGUUCGCCACACAUUGAGUUCAAUAUAAAACCCACCUCAGCAGCUUUAUACAAGAGCAUAAACAAACUACUAGUCAAACUACACUCAUCUCAUCGCACAAAGCGUACGCCACCUAUCGGAGUUCUUGAAAGCUGUCAAAGCGGCCUGUUCAGAGACUUUUUUGUUUGUGCUUUUUGGUCAUUGCCUCAAAAUUGACAAACCGCUCAUAAGUGUUCCAGUUGUUGCCGUCAGAUGGGGCGACGUGAUAUUUUCUAUCGCGAAUACCCUCCUAAUCUCUAUCUGUCUCUAUGGUGAGCUCAUUGUCUGCUAAAUAUGGAGAAAAAAAUCUAGGAGCUGGGACUGGUGAGCCAUCUUUCUCAAAGAUUCAUUUAAGUUUCAACAUUAAUCAAGAGAUGGCGAGGUGUGUAACCUUGUGGCCUUGUGGACGUUGUGCAGAGGUUGAUGAUUAUAUUUGCAUUCACUCUCGCUAUAUUGUUGGAUUUGUGGGUUUUUUGUAAUAGUUGUAUUUGAUAAUAUUUAUGGAAUUGAAAUAAUUAUUUCAAUAUCAUAGAGUGGCCGAAAUGCUACUUUGGUGAUCGAGAACUAAUUUUUUUUUAACGAAUC